UUUGCUAUCGUGUGUCAGUCAUUGACGAGGCAACAUCUCAAAUAUUUUCUCGAAUCUUUAGUGCUAUAUACUGUUUAAGAAUAUUACAAAGAGUUUAGACUUAUAAAAUCUGUGAUAAAUCAACCGUCUCUUGAUAUCCUUUUCGGAGGAAAUUUAGGCGGGAAAGACGAAAAGGUAUUAAUUUUGUGUUACGCCUUUUAUGGUGCGACUGGUAACGUGUUUUCUGCGAAGGUUGAACCUUGACACGUUUGAGUCUGUGGCCAAAAAGUCCAACUAAAGUCUGCAAGAUAAAGAAUCUCGUGCAAAUUCUGUGACUCUUCAGUCUUUGGGGAAUUUCUGCGGAAAAUUUGGGAAAAUCUCAUUGAAAGAAUAGUGACUUUAGUGUUACCAGCUGUGACAAUGGCUUUCAACUAUUAUCCGAAAAAUUGGCACGCAAAUGGAAUGGGAUGGUACAAUCCGGCUGCAAUGCAGACUGGGUGGAAAAUACCACCCCCUUCGGCUCCCAGGGCGCUGGAUGCAUAUUCCACAGGCAGCUCAUCGUCAGGGGUAUCGAGUGCAUGCCCUUAUCCAACUUCCGGGCCUUCUGGAAUGCCCACUCCUCAUUCUGCUUAUGGCUUUGUAAUGCCACCUCCACUACCCCAGAUGCCUGGGAUAGCUCCUCCAGCUCCCCUCUAUCCUCCACUUAAUUUUGAAGGAUCUGGGGGACCAGGAAGCUUAUCAUCAAUUGGCUCGAUGAUUUCUGAACCAAAUAUUCCACCAGUUGUACCACCUACAAUCUCAGGAUAUGGUUUGGAGGAGAUUCCCUGUGCUGCCAUUAAGGUCCCAGAGGAUCAGUUCUUUUUUUCGCUCGGCGAACGCGGAAGUGGACUUAGAUCACGUGGAGAUGUCCAGGACUUCCACACACUCAGACAGCAAUGUCUAGCCUCUGGUACACUUUUCGAAGAUCCCGAAUUUCCCGCUUCUGAUUCUUCCCUCAUGUUCUCCCGGCGCCCCGAUCGCUAUGUCGAAUGGUUGCGUCCAAUGGAGAUUACCAGUGAUCCGCAGUUCUUCGUAGAAGGCUAUUCGCGUUUUGACGUGCAACAGGGAGAACUUGGGGAUUGUUGGCUAUUGGCAGCAGCAGCAAAUCUCACCCAAGAUCCCAAGUUGUUCUUCCGCGUUGUGCCUGAAGAUCAGAACUUUAGCGAUGAUUACGCUGGUAUCUUCCAUUUCCGCUUCUGGCAAUAUGGCAGAUGGAUUGAUGUGGUCAUUGACGAUCGCCUUCCUACGUACCGUGGAGAAUUGCUGUACAUGCAUUCAACAGAGAAAAAUGAAUUCUGGAGUGCGCUACUGGAGAAAGCCUACGCCAAGCUGCAUGGAUCCUAUGAAGCUCUCAAAGGAGGUACCACCUGUGAGGCCAUGGAAGACUUUACAGGAGGUGUAACGGAAAUGUAUGAUCUGAAGGAAGCCCCUCCGAAUCUCUACAGUAUCCUCUUGAAGGGUAUGGAGAGGAAUUCCAUGAUGGGCUGCAGUUUGGAGCCCGAUCCGCAUGUCCUUGAAGCAGAGACCUCUGAAGGUCUUAUCCGUGGUCAUGCGUACUCUAUCACAAAGGUCCAAAUGGUGGACAUUGUGACGCCCAAUACGAGUGGAAAGAUCCCUCUGUUGCGUCUCCGGAAUCCUUGGGGCAAUGACGCUGAAUGGAAUGGACCAUGGAGCGAUCAGAGUCCCGAAUGGAGAUAUAUCCCGGAUCAUGUUAAGGAGCAGAUUGGAUUGAAUUUUGACGUAGAUGGUGAAUUCUGGAUGUCAUUUAAGGACUUCCUGACGCACUUUGAUCGGGUUGAACUGUGCAACUUGAGUCCGGAUUCAUUGAGUGAGGAUCAAGUGAGCCGGGGGAAGAAGAAGUGGGAGAUGUCGGUGUUUGAGGGUGAAUGGACUCCAGGUGUUACAGCUGGUGGCUGUAGAAAUUAUCUAGAGACCUUCUGGCACAAUCCUCAGUAUGUGAUUACACUGGAGGAUCCGGAUGAGGAUGAUGAUGAGGGAAAGUGUACGGUGAUUAUUGCAUUGAUGCAGAAAAAUAGAAGAUCCAGGAGGAAUAUGGGAAUGGAUUGUUUGACAAUUGGAUUUGCUGUCUAUCAUCUGAGUGAUCGUGAUUUGAUGAAUAAACCGCAAAGGUUGAAUUUCUUCAAGUACAACGCUUCCGUGGCCAGAUCGCCGGCAUUUAUUAAUCUCAGGGAGGUUAGUUGUCGCUUCAAACUACCUCCUGGACACUAUCUCAUUGUCCCGUCCACUUUUGAUCCCAAUGAAGAGGGUGAAUUCCUCAUCCGCGUCUUCUCCGAGGGUAGAAGUCACAUGGAAGAGAACGAUGAACAAGUGGGAAUGGGAAGUGUUGACGAUAGGGUUAGCAAUUACGACGAAAAUGAGUAUGGUGAUAGAGAAAAUGUUACACCGUCGUUACCUCAACCGACUUACCCCGAUCCUCAGAAGUCAGCCAUGGAGAAACUCUUCAUGGAAGUUGCUGGUGCUGACAUGGAGGUGGAUUGGAUGGAAUUGAAGCAGAUUUUGGACCAUUCAAUGAAAGAUGAUUUGUGCAAAGUGUCUGCGAAUGGGGCGACCCAGCUGGGGGCCCCAAGCGGAGGUGGUGGUGGAGGAGGAGGAGGUGGAGAGAACGACGGCGGACUCCUGGGGCUUCUGUGCGGCGCCCUGUGCAAAGAUAAUGCCAUUGGCCAGGCCUUUGGUGCCAACAAUGAUCCUGGAGGUGGCGAGGGCGUCGUGAUGGUGGCUCCCAGCUCAAGUGUGAUGGACUAUGGGGGCUUCUCCAAAGACGUCUGUCGAUCGAUGGUGGCGAUGCUGGAUGUUGAUCAGUCGGGAAAGUUGGGCUUUGAGGAAUUCAAGACACUGCUCAAUGAUAUUGCCAAAUGGAAAGCCGUGUUUAAGCUCUAUGAUCAAGAUGGAUCAGGAAAAUUGGGGGCAUUUGAGUUGCGACAGGCUCUCAAUUCGGCUGGGUAUCAAUUGAACAAUCGGAUACUCAAUGCUCUGGCUCAUCGGUAUGGCAGUCGAGAUGGGAAGAUUGCCUUCGAUGACUUUAUAAUGUGUGCCGUGAAGAUUAAGACGAUGAUUGAUAUCUUCAAGGAGAGGGACGUUGAUGGCACGAAUAUGGCAACAUUCUCAAUGGAAGAAUGGGUGGAGAAGACAGUUUAUUCGUAAAUAAAACAAAACAAAAAAUUGGAACAACGCACUACAAGAAGCCUUUUGGAUUUUUUCUCAAAUCAAAGCCAGAAUUAAAAAUUACGCAGAGUGUUCUCUUUACUAAUAUUUAUUUUAUUACAUGUUUUACAAAUAUAUUCAGUCGAAAAAUAAA